AUGAAAUUCAUCCCUGAAUCAUCUCCUCAAAGAGUUCCUUGUUAUCGCGUUCUUGACGAAAACGGAAGAAUCAUCCUCAAUAGCGAUUUUAUCCCGGUGAGCGAGAAACUCGCGGUUAGAAUGUAUGAACAAAUGGCGACGCUUCAGGUGAUGGACCACAUCUUCUACGAAGCUCAACGUCAAGGAAGAAUCUCCUUCUUCAUCACUUCCCUCGGAGAAGAAGCCAUCAACAUCGCUUCAGCCGCCGCUCUCGCUCCAGACGACGUCGUUUUACCUCAGUACCGUGAGCCUGGAGUGCUUCUAUGGCGUGGCUUCACGUUGCAAGAGUUUGCGAAUCAGUGCUUUGGUAACAGAGCUGAUCAUGGAAAAGGAAGACAGAUGCCGAUACAUUACGGCUCGAAACAACACAACUACUUCACUGUCUCCUCUCCUAUCGCUACACAGCUUCCUCAAGCAGCUGGAGUUGGUUAUUCUCUGAAGAUGGAGAAGAAGAACGCUUGUGCAGUAACGUUUAUCGGAGACGGCGGCACAAGCGAGGGAGACUUCCACGCCGGAUUGAAUUUUGCGGCGGUGAUGGAAGCUCCGGUGGUGUUUAUAUGUCGGAACAACGGUUGGGCUAUCAGCACUCAUAUUUCAGAACAGUUCAGAAGUGACGGAAUCGUUGUGAAAGGUCAAGCUUACGGAAUCAGAAGCAUCCGAGUGGACGGUAACGAUGCACUGGCAGUUUACAGCGCGGUACGCUCAGCAAGAGAGAUGGCUGUAGCAGAACAAAGACCAGUUCUCAUCGAGGCAAUGACAUAUAGAGUAGGACAUCAUUCAACAUCAGAUGAUUCAACCAAGUACAGGACGGCUGAUGAGAUCCAAUACUGGAAAAUGUCAAGAAACCCUGUGAAUAGAUUCAAGAAAUGGGUCGAGGAUAAUGGAUGGUGGAGUGAGGAUGAUGAAUCCAAGAUAAGAUCUAACGCAAGAAAACAGCUUCUACAAGCGAUUCAGGCAGCGGAGAAGUGGGAUAAACCACCAUUGGCAGAGUUGUUUAACGAUGUAUAUGAUGUUAAGACGAAGAAUCUAGAGGAGCAAGAACUUGGUUUAAAGGAUUUAGUAGAGAAACAACCUCAAGAUUAUCCUCCUGGUUUUCAUAUCUGAAUGUAGAGGAAACUGUGAGUCUGUCUCAUGUAUCAUCCACAGAUAGACUUCUCGCUGUAGACUUUUGUAUUUGUCAAAAUCAGCAUUAUGAGCCUUGAGAAUGUUUAGUUUCAUUGUUUAAUAAGAUGUCAUGGUCUGAAGGUUUAGCUACACCAGCUGACCGGC